AUGGUUUCCUUACAACACGUGGCACUGUGUGCGCUAGUCCUGGAGCGCCCCGUUUUGGUCACGUCUACUGACCCACAUACCACUGUCAAAAGAGUGCAGAAGAUACUGCAAGGCUGGCCAGUAAACUCACAGGUGACUCCGAUUACAACUGCAAAUGGUGCCUCGGUGUUUUCUCUACUGGACAUGAGCUUGGAAAAUCAAAGGACACUCUACCGGGAAUUACGAAAGCAAAAGUACCCGCUGGUUCUAGUCUCGUCUCCGGAAUCGGAGCUCGACACGAAGCUCGAAACAUUGCUGCUGUUCAACUACAAAGACGAGUUGAACGAUCUACCGCAGCCCUCGGAGCUGUUCAGGUUCACUAGUCUAGAAGCAAUCAGAAAAAGUGUACGACAGGUGACUAUAACUACCGAGAUGAAAACCUACAUUUACGACCUCAUCGUGGAGGUUCGAUACUCGAGAUUUAUUAAGGGUGGAAUACCAACAUACAUCAUUGCCGACUUGACUGACUUCAUCCGAUUCAAAGCGUUCAUACUAGAAAUGACCUUUGUCACACCAGCGAUUGUGAAGACGUGUUUCAAGAUUGUACUACCGCUACGCUUGCAUCUGAUAGACCCCGAGGAUGACCCGUCACUCUUAUACGGCUCCAACCCGACCCUAGUCCAGCAGCUGAUUCGGGCAAUAGACGCCAACGACGUAAUCGACAUCGCCAUCAGCAAUGUGAGACCUCCGAUAUAG